AUGAGAAAUACUGAUACUUGGGAAGAAAAAGAAUGUAUGAAACAAAUUUAUUCAAUUAUUGAUGAUACUUUGAGAAAUAAAAGUUACUCCAAUAAUGAAAUAAAUCAAUGGUCAAAUGUGAUUUGUGAAAAUUGUAUGACUUUUUUGUGCUCAAAGAUGCUUCCUAUGAAAUACAUAAUAAGUUGCUAUAUUUUAAAAAAAGACGACAAAGAAACAUCCAUUCAUUUGUCAACUUAUUGGGAUAAGGAAGAUAAGCAUUUUCAAAUAUGUUGGCCACAAGACUUAAAAAGCUGUAACAUGCUUUGUUAUGUUAAUAUCUAUAUUAUAAAAAUAUCAGAUGAAUGA